CUUGAAAUGUCAACAUUCUGAAACAUGACACAACGAAAUACAACUAAUUUACACUCCUAUAUAAAACUGAUUUUACAACACAGCAGUAGUCGAAUUAUUAAUGAAAUAGUCACUGACAUGGGAAGCAGAUUGAAUCCUAGACAAUUUGUCCAAGUUUUUUUAUACAAAUCAUUUUUGCCUUUUACCCAGGAAAAGAGUAGGCGAUUUCCUGGGAUGUCAGGACUUUCAUAUCAAGAAAGACUGGAUAGACUCGGUUUGUACUCGCUAGAAUUUAGAAGAUUAAGGGGGGAUCUUAUAGAAACUUACAAAAUUCUUAAGGGGUUGGACAGGCUAGAUGCAGGAAGAUUGUUCCCGAUGUUGGGGAAGUCCAGAACAAGGGGUCAUAGUUUAAGGAUAAGGGGGAAAUCUUUUAGGACCGAGAUGAGGAAAACUUUUUUCACACAGAGAGUGGUGAAUCUCUGGAAUUCUCUGCCGCAGAAGGUAGUUGAGGCCAGUUCAUUGGCUAUAUUUAAGAGGGAGUUAGAUGUGGCCCUUGUGGCUAAAGGGAUCAGGGGGUAUGGAGAGAAGGCAGGAACAGGAUACUGAGUUGGAUGAUCAUCCAUGAUCAUAUUGAAUGGUAGUGCAGGCUCGAAUGGCCGAAUGGCCUACUCCUGCACCUAUUUUCUAUGUUUCAAGUCAAGAUUCAGGAGUGUGUUAUGGUCAUGCGUCCAAGUAUAGAACAAUGAAAUUCUUAUUUGCAACAGCACAACAGAAUAUGUAAACACAGUAAACUGUAAACAAUAUAAUAAACAAGAUAUAAAAUUUCAGUGUAUGUAUCCACGUACUCACAAAUACACAUAUAUAGAACGUAUAGAUAUACAAACACAUGCACAUAUACGUACACACAAAAAACAAACAAUAGUGCAAUAAUAACAAUAAUAGUCUAUGUAGUUCAGAGCUUAUUUGAGAUUGUAGUGUUUAACAGCCGAAUGGCUGUAUUUUCUUUAGUACUUUUGAUGUUAAACAGUUGAAACUUUAUUCAGAUUUAAAAAAUCCACAGGGGUAAGAAUCAAGACUGUAGAGAAAUAUGCCAGUCUAACAAGGCAUAUAACAAUGAAAAGAGGGAGAACCAUAUGAAAAUAAGUAAUGCACAUAAAAGGAAUCAAUGAAGCAAUCUAUUUCUGCUGGUGUUUUCAUUGUGUGGAACAAAUGGAAAGAGUAGGCAACUGAUAAUCAAGAAAAACGGCAAUUGAUUUCUCAGCUAACCACGAUACAAAAUAGAAGGCAAUGGUUUAUAACUAUCGGGCAUUGGAUCUAGUGCACCCAAGUCACAGGCAAGCACUUUAAAGUUCUCUUGGAAUGCUUCUUGUAACACAAUUCUUAAAAGUAAGAGAGCAAUGCUGUUCCUCUUUUGCAGCAUUUUGAAGAAGAUGUGCUGGAAUAAAAACAAAUGAAAUAUAAUUUUAUAUUAAACAAUUUUAAUGCAUCCACGUUUUAUAUUCUCCAAUGCUGUCUGUGUGAAGCAAGCACAUUCUCCCAGCGACAGCAUGGGUUUCCCCCAUGGAUUCUAGUUUUCACCAACAUCCAGACAUGGGAUGGUAGGUCAAUUAGCUGCUAUAUGUUGUCCCUUGUAUGCAGGUUACUGUAAAAACCUCGAUUGAGUUGCUGGGAAUGCGGGAGAAUAAAAUGGGAUUGAUGGAGAACUGAUGGAGUUUCCAGUUCAAGGUUGGCCACAACAUGAGUUCCUACUUCAAAGACCUUGGAGGUCACAAGAUGAGGUUCUACUUCAAGGAGGUUGGAUGUCACAACAGGAGUCCCUACUUCAUGGAGCUUGGAGGUCACAAGAUGAAGUCCUAUUUCCAGGAGGCUGGUGUUCCUACUUCAAGGAAGUUGGAGGUGACAUCGUGGACCAACUUUGAUGUUUGAGAUCGUGCCCAUGGUGUCAGAGAUGACGCACUGACUGAGCUCCCGCCGAUGGCUCAGUGGUUUGGAGGGAGCGGCCCGAGGAUGGCCAGGGCCCUGACGAGUCAGCCAGGCACAUGGAAACCAGGGAACAGGUCAAAUAACAGCACACACACGCUAAUGCUGGUAAAACUGGAAUUAGUUUGCAUUACCUCAAGCAGGAGCUGACACGAACGGUCGUGAGGGCGUUCGAACAUUUGACCGUUAGCGGCGCGCGCUGCCGUGUCCCGCCAAGAUUUGGUUUAAAGCAAACGCUCAGCUGGGGCGACCGGUCACAAUCCCGCCCAACCCCAAAACUUCGUGAAGCGAAAGUCAUGUCAGGUCGGGUGUGGAAGUCAUUGACAUUUGUAAUUGCUCUGCCAGGUAUUGGUGUCUGCAUGUUGAAUGCUUUUCUAAAGGAAUCAGGCAAACCUCCAGAAUUUGUGCCUUAUACUCAUCUCCGGAUCCGUAGCAAGCCUUUUCCUUGGGGCGAUGGAGAUCAUACAUUUUUCCACAAUCCGCAUAUGAAUCCGUUGCCCUCUGGCUAUGAAAAAUAAUGCUUUAUUAAUUGCUGGAAAUUACAGCCCCAAUAUAAUUUGUAGCGGUCUAUAAUAAAUGUUGUACUAUUAUAAUCCAUGUUUAAUGUUGAUAAUAAAAGGUUGAACAUAAUCUAGACAUUUGGUAUGAACUGCCUUUGUAUUUCCCAAAUAAAAUAACUCAGUAAAAUGUGAAUUAGGAAAUCUGAUCAAGGAAAUUACUCCUGCAAUUAAAUAUUUUUUAUGUGUCAGAUAAAAAAUAAACCAAAAAACGUGCAGAUUUUGAUUUGUGACUGCAAACAUUUUAAAAUAACCAUGAGUUC